GAUAGCGUUAACCGCACCCUCUCGCUUCCCGGUAGUGGAAACACACAAUUUUAAUUUGAAGGGUAUUAAUUCGGUUAGCUUGAACCGAAACCGUAUAGUAAAGAAAUCGAAAUAAAAUUGGAUCAAACCAUACCAAACCGGAGAACCCUAGUUGGUUUAGCUAUGAAUCAUCUGAGAUUUCAAUUGCAGGUUUUGGGGAUCAAGCAGAUUGUAAAUAUCUCCACUGUCUUCACACUUUUGAUUUGUAAAUUUCUCAAAAAAGUUCGAAUCUUUCUCCAUUUUAUAUACAGCGACGGUUUCACCGGAUGCGAGAUACGAGCACCGUAAUCAAACUUAUACCUUUAUUGCUUAAGCUUUUAUCCAAAAUUGCAUGCGUUGUUCAUCCUUCUCGGGUUUCAGUUUGUCUCUUGAAGACGCCCUUCAUCUUCUCCAACGUUUCUUCAACUCUUCAAACCAGAUUAAGCAGAUUCACACUGUCCUCUUUACCAGCAACGCAUUGGUCGCUUCGAGAUGGAAAACGAAAUGCGUCUACAACACUCUCAUUCGAUCUUAUCUUACUACAGGACAAUCCAAGACCUCUCUUGCUCUCUUCACCCACAUGCUUGCAAGCCAAGUCCGACCAAUCAAUCUCACUUUCCCUUCUCUGAUAAAAGUAGCUUGUUCAUCUUUCUCUGUUUCUUAUGGUGUUGCCUUACAUGGCCAAACUCUUAAACGGGGUGUUCUAUGGGAUCCAUUUGUUCAGACUUCUUUUGUUCGAUUCUAUGGUGAAGUCUGUGAUUUGAAGAGCUCGAGGAAGAUGUUUGAUGGUAUUGUAGAUCCUUGUGUUGUAGCUUGUAACAGUUUGCUUGACGCUUGUGGUAGAAACGGAAAGAUGGAUUUUGCUUUCGAGUUAUUUCAGAGUAUGCCUGUAACUGAUGUGGUUUCUUGGACUACUGUUAUCAAUGGGUUUAGUAAGAACGGGUUUCACGCCAAAGCAGUUAUGCUUUUUGGUGAGAUGAUACAGAAUGAGUGUGCGGUAAUAACACCCAAUGAGGCUACUUUCGUUAGUGUACUGUCUUCUUGUGCUAAUUUGGAUCGAGGAGGUCUUCAUUUGGGGAAGCAGAUUCAUGGAUAUGUUAUGGGGAGAAAGAUCAUCCUCACUACUACUUUGUGUACUGCUUUGCUCGAUAUGUACGGAAAAGCCGGUGACUUGGAGAUGGCAUUGACCAUUUUCAAUCAAACUUGUGAUAAAAAAGUUUGUGCGUGGAAUGCGAUAAUAUCAGCUCUUGCCUCCAAUGGUAGACCUAAGAAAGCGCUACAUAUGUUUGAGAUGAUGAAAUCGAUGAAUGUUCAACCAAAUGGGAUUACUUUACUUGCAGUACUCACGGCCUGUGCUAGGUCUAGACUCGUGGACUUAGGUAUCCAGUUGUUCUCUUCCAUAUGUAGCGAGUACAAGAUCAUUCCAACAUCAGAGCAUUAUGGUUGCAUCGUUGAUCUCAUAGGUAGAGCUGGACUAUUGGUUGACGCGGCCAAUUUCAUUAAUAAUUUGCCAUUCGAGCCUGAUGCUUCUGUUCUCGGAGCUCUUUUGGGAGCCUGCAAGAUUCAUGAGAAUGCUGAGUUAGGAAAAAAAGUAGGUAAACAGCUUAUCGGACUGCAACCUCAACACUGUGGCCAGUAUGUGGCAUUGUCGACGUUAAAUGCUUUGGAUAGCAAUUGGUCAGAAGCAGAACAGAUGAGGAAAGCCAUGACAGGAGCUGGAAUUCGGAAAAUCCCUGCUUACAGUGUGCUCUCUUAAGGCUUGAGAAGUGAGAAGCACUGUGUGAUCUCUGUUCUGUUCUACUAUGUUCAGUUCACUCAUAGCGGCUUUCUAUAGAAUUCGUUGAUAAAGAAGAACAAGAGCUUACUUGAAGACUAAAUGUCAGCACAUCAGCUUCCACACUCUCUUAAGGUUAUUCUUCUGUUCGUUAACCUUGACGGGAACAAGAUCACAAAGUAGACUUGGAGGUCUAUUCUUUCCAAAGGGUCUUUAGUGGGCAUUUUGUCGUUUGGGAUCACAAUCUCUUGACCCUGUUUUACAAUAUAGAGUUAAGAGUUGUUGAGCGUGAAGCCGGUUAAAGCAUCUAUAAGAGAGACCUUUCUUCUUGAGAAUCAGAUGA